AUGGCGGGGAUCGUCCGCCCGAGGCGCUCUGGCCAUCAAAUCGCCGCCCCAAUCGCCAAAGCCUAUCUUCUGGCAUUCGCCUCAAUUGCCGGCCCGCGUCUGCUUUCCAUUGCAAUCGCCCUGAUCCGCCGCAAAACCACUGCAAUAGCCUCUCUGCUCAAAGCAUGGCAAGCUCUGAAACAAUCAGCAGCCUGGAGCCACUUCCCGACUUUUUGCGCUGUCUUGGUCGGUGGCUCUAUCAACCUCCAGAUUCCUCUGCGAGUUGUCGCCCAAGCACUUGCUGAGUGGCUUCGCCGCCGCCAUGUCAGCGUCAAUUACGCUUUGGUCGAGCUCCUCACCAAGUUUACAGCAGCUCUUGUUGCUGCCAGCGUCAGCUUCCAGAUGCUGAACAGUAAACCCAGCCAGCCUCUGAACUAUCGUUCCUCGGCUGAGACUACUACAACGGAAGGCAUAGCCGAGGAUGCUCUCUCACGCGCCGCUGCGGCGAAGCUUGACUCUCCUAUCCCUCCGCUAUCCCCCGAAGCAAUGGGUGCAUCGUCAGUCUGCAUGUCGUCCGAACCUCUGGCUGGCCGAACGAUGGAUCUCACCCUUUUUGCGGCGAUCCGUUCCCUUGACAUUCUUAUAGCCCCACUCCUUCUUAGAGGCAGGUCACGCACCAGCCGUCUUGUUGCCAAGACUUCCACUCCGCUGCUCUUCGUACUGUCGUCAGCCGUGAUAAUGCACGCGUGGUUCUACACUCCGUAUAGACUGCCGCAGGCUUACAACGAUUGGAUCUCUUCCGCAGCACAGGUGGACCCACGCCUCGUGAUUGCCCUGCGUCACGCACGCUACGGCAAGUUUGUCUACGGAAAAGACACUGGAAUAGAGCCCCUACUCGGAAGCAUGUGCCGGGAUUACGGAUGGCCCGAGGAAUGGGGCAAUCCGGCGAAGACCAUCCCCGUGCCGUGCGAGAUGGUGCACAUGGGCUGUGGACCCAGCUGCGAGAAGCAUGCCUUGAGCCGCUUCGCCAGGGCUUGGUCUUUCGCUGCGCGCAUGUAUAUUCCCCUGCAGCUGAUCGUCCUGCUCAGGCGAGUGCAGAAGGGGGGUGGCAGAUCGACAACAUCCCUGACUGAUGGCCUUGUACGCGCAUUAGUAGACGGAAGCAGAUCGUCCGCGUUCCUGGGUGCCUUCGUCGCGCUGUUCUAUUACGGCGUCUGCCUUGCUCGCACGCGCUUGGGACCCAACGUUUUCUCGCGCAAGACCAUCACGCCUCAGAUGUGGGACAGCGGACUGUGCGUCCUGAGUGGUUGUCUGCUUUGCGGUUUGAGUGUGCUUUUCGAGAAAGCACAGAGACGGACGGAGAUUCUGUUCUUCGUGCUGCCGAGGGCCGCAGCUGUGUGGUUUCCGAGGAGAUAUCUGAAGGUGAACCAAUGGAGAGAGCACGUCGCGUUUGCCCUUAGCGCCGCGGUCGUAAUUACAGCUGCCCAGGAGCGCCCUGAAAGGGUCAGGGGUGUGUUCGGAAAGCUUCUGGGCAGUGUGAUUAAUACCAAGGCGUAG